AUGCUCAGAACUUUCAGAAGAUUCUCAACUAAAUACAAUCCAUCUCUGGCAAGUGGUUUUCAUGGAAAAAAUGCUACUUCGACGUCAACCUCCGCUUCGCAAGAUGAGAUACACCAUUUCCAACAGCUAGCACCAUCCUGGUGGGAUGUGUGGGGACCCCAGCGUAUUUUGCAUAAAAUGAAUCUAGCAAGAAUGGACUUCAUUCAGAAAGUUUUAUUUUCCCAGGUCAAGGCGAAAUCAGACACUUUUGUUCCAGGUUUCAAUCAUCAAGAGCUGUUACCGAAAACUGUUUCCACUGCCAUCGAAAGAGAGCUCAACAAUGAUAUACGUUCUCAACUUGGGGAAAAGCAUUUGAAAAUUCUAGACAUCGGAUGCGGUGGAGGAAUUUUGGCCGAAUGUCUAGCCAGAUUGCCCUAUGUAUCUACAGUUCAAGGAAUAGAUUUAACACCUCAGUGUAUUGAUGUCGCAAAGGAGCAUGCCAAGAGCGAUCCGAUCCUGAAGAACAAACUUUCUUACAAAGUACAAUCCCUGGAGGAUGUUACUGAUCGUUUUGAUGUAAUAACAUGCCUUGAAAUGCUUGAACAUGUCGAUCAACCAAGUGAGAUCUUACGGCAUGCGUGGGGGAAAUUAAAUCCUGGUGGGAUUUUAUUCCUGAGUACUAUAAACCGUGACUUGGUGUCAUGGUUCACUACCAUUUUUAUGGGAGAACAAGUUCUGGGGAUAGUUCCUAGAGGAACACAUCAUUUGAGUAAAUAUAUCAAUGCAGCCGAGAUUGAAGACUGGUUCAGGAAUGAAUAUCCGCGUUCACAUGAAGUCUUGGAUUGCAAGGGUACCAUGUAUUUACCUUUGACGGGUUGGGUUAAUCAUGAUUGCACCAGAAUCGGUAACUAUUUUAUGGCGGUAAAGAAGCUAAAAUGA